UCAUCUAACACUUGACAGUCAAUCACUGCCUGCUUCCAAAAUCGCUCACCCCUUUGAGUGCUGGUUCACUAAUCCGCAUCUUCCAUCCAUAGAAUCUAAACACCUCCAUCCAGGAAGAUUACAACUGGUCCUGCCAAUCCACCGACCAUGACGCUCAGCUCUGCCCUCAGAUCCAAGUUUCUCGUGAUCUUCACCUUGCUUCUUCUUUCCAUUACAGUGGUAACUGCUAACCCAAUAAUGAUUGGCCAACGUGUUAUGAGAGUCGAAGUGAAAUACUUAGGGGGCACCAUAUCCAUUCCCAGAACAUCCAAGGAACGCACCCAGGUUGAUGACACCAACACUGCCGUUGAGAAAUUGUGCACACUCCUCGUGAGCCUGCUGGAUCAGCGGGGGGGCGUGAAUGAAAUCACCAUCAGAAGCAGAAUAGGGACCGUGGCACAAGAUGGAAAAAAACAAAAUUUUGAGAUCACCAUAGGCAGCUUUCCGAAUUCCCGUUCAUACACUGGACAAGUUACUUGGACAGGUACGAAGAAGGAUGACAAUAUGGUGGUUAGUGGACUUUUGAAUCAUCUGGAGGGUAAUGGGGAUCUUGUUGCUACGGUUGAGAAUGGUUACAUUGUGAAGGUUAGUGGUUAUAUUUUAAUUAUCUUAACACCGGGGGGCAUUCCCCAUGGCACCUGAAAACCAGAUGCUUUCAUAUCACCGCGAAGCUCACCUUGAAGCUUACUUGGGAGUCAGGACAAGUGAUCUUUUUCGAAUCUCGAAGGAAUAUUUGUCGAAUUGAUCUGAAAAUCUGAAAGUACCUAUUUCUUGGAUGCCAAGGAGAAUGUCCCCUGUGUAAUCUCUUCUGAACUCACUAAUUUUUUUUCUUUUGUCAUUUCAUCAGGUGGGGACGAAGCGAAAGUAGACGA